UGGCGGCGUGACCCGGAAGCGGUUUGCCUAGUCUCCCGGCGGGCGGGCUCUCUUUUCCGGUUGGCGUGCUUUGAGAGUGGCACGUCGGCGAUCCCCGGGCCUUCGCCAUGAGCGUCCCGGCCUUCAUCGACAUCAGUGAGGAGGACCAGGCUGCAGAGCUCCGUGCUUAUCUGAAAUCUAAAGGAGCUGAGAUCUCAGAGGAGAAUUCAGAAGGUGGCCUUCAUGUGGAUUUAGCUCAGAUUAUUGAAGCCUGUGAUGUGUGCCUGAAGGAAGAUGAUAAAGAUGUUGAAAGUGUGAUGAACAGCGUUGUGUCCCUCCUCUUGAUCUUGGAACCAGACAAGCAGGAAGCUUUGAUUGAAAGCCUUUGUGAGAAGCUGGUCAAAUUUCGGGAAGGUGAACGCCCAUCUCUGAGACUGCAAUUGCUGAGCAACCUUUUCCACGGAAUGGAUAAGAACACUCCUGUAAGGUACACGGUGUAUUGCAGCCUUAUCAAAGUGGCAGCAUCUUGUGGGGCCAUCCAGUACAUUCCAACUGAGCUGGAUCAAGUUAGAAAAUGGAUUUCUGAUUGGAAUCUCACCACUGAGAAAAAACACACAAUGUUAAGAUUACUUUAUGAGGCACUUGUGGAUUGUAAGAAAAGCGAUGCUGCUUCCAAAGUCAUGGUGGAAUUACUUGGAAGUUACACAGAGGACAAUGCUUCCCAGGCUCGAGUGGAUGCCCACAGGUGUAUUGUACGUGCAUUGAAAGAUCCAAACGCAUUUCUUUUUGACCAUCUUCUUACUUUAAAACCAGUCAAGUUUUUGGAAGGCGAGCUUAUUCAUGAUCUCUUGACCAUUUUUGUGAGUGCUAAAUUGGCAUCGUAUGUCAAGUUCUACCAGAAUAAUAAAGAUUUCAUUGAUUCACUUGGUCUUUUACAUGAACAGAAUAUGGCAAAAAUGAGACUACUUACUUUUAUGGGAAUGGCAGUGGAAAAUAAAGAAAUUUCUUUUGAUACAAUGCAGCAAGAACUUCAGAUUGGAGCCGAUGAUGUUGAAGCAUUUGUUAUUGAUGCGGUAAGAACAAAAAUGGUCUAUUGCAAAAUUGACCAGACGCAGAGAAAAGUAGUUGUCAGUCAUAGCACACAUCGGACAUUUGGAAAACAGCAGUGGCAGCAACUAUACGAUACGCUUAAUGCCUGGAAACAAAACUUGAACAAAGUGAAAAACAGUCUUUUGAGUCUUUCUGAUACCUGAAUUUUUCCCCGCAUGUAAUUUUGUUCUUUUGCAGGAGAAAAACCUAAGCAUAGUAAAAUAUUAUAAAUGAAAA